AUGAAACAUGAAGAUGAUUUGAAAUCGCCGACUGCUCUGUGUGUUGAUAGGGUUGCCUGCAGCAUUGAGGUGCCGGAGAAUCAAAACAAACCUUCUCAAGGUCGGACGGGGAACAGCUGCGGCCUAAGCAUUCUACGCUCCGCACGUCAGAAGGAUCGCCGGGAGGCGGUGCCGAUCUCCGAAGAAAUGACAACCCCUACACAAGUGGCUCGGACAAAAGGAAUGUCUAUGGACCGUUACUCCGCGAAGGUGACUACGUACACAGCAGAGCGUUCGCUGGAAACGGGCGUGCGAGGCUGUUUGUUCGCGUGGGGGCGCCUGCACCAGCCCCCAACAAUGCCUCGGGCUAUGGAUGGGCCUCCCAGCCGCGUCGACAGAGGGGUCGGUGCCGACGACAGCGAUUUUGAAAGGCCUGUCAUCGCUCGCGCGGUCAUUCCGUGCCAAAACCAAUAA